AUGGACAAUCCUACUAGCAUGAAUGGUAAGUGGUCAAAAGAGCUCGCAGCGGGCAGAAUUGUGGGUCCGUAUGAUACGCCUCCCUUUGAAACUUUCAGGGUAUCGCUCCUAGGCAUUGUUCUCACAAAGUUGCUGGGAGAAUUUAGGUUAAUUCAUCAUUUGUCUUACCUGGAGGGGUUAUCUGUUAAUGAUGGUAUUCCUAAAGAGUUAGCCACUGUAAGAUAUGCCACUAUCGAUGAUGCUGUUAGGCUCAUUAAAGCAAUAGGACAGGGCUGUUUUCUGGCUAAGACAGACAUCAAAUCCGCUUUUCAUAUCAUUCCUGUAGCCCCCUGCAAUUUUCCAUUGCUCAGGAUGGAAUGGCAAGGGAAAUUCUACUUUAACAAAUGCCUUCCCAUGGGGUGCUCGUCAUCGUGCAAUAUAUUUGAAUCAUUCAGCACUGCGUUAGAAUGGAUCACCAAAUAUAGAUUGCACGCGUCAUCGGUCAUCCAUAUUUUAGAUGACUUCUUAUUUAUUGGGCAUUUGGAGGCAAAAUGUCAGGUAGAUCUCGAUAAUUUUCUUUACGUUUGCUGUCGUAUAGGCGUUCUGAUAGCUGAUGAGAAAAUUAUGGGCACCACCAAUGCUCUGCAAUUCGCAGGGAUCACUUUUGAUACGGCAUUGAUGGAGGCUCGUUUUCCAGAGGACAAGCUUGCCAAAUGCUUAACCCAGUUGGCGGAUUUUUGCUCUUGUAAAAGCAUCACGCUGAAAGAGCUACAAUCUUUAAUAGGGCUCCUCAAUUUUGUCUGUGUUGUGGUUCCCAGACGUGCUUUUCUACGCCGUUUGAUAGACUUGACUAAAGGUAUCUGGAAACCCACACAUCACGUCAGAUUAACCCAGGAAUGUAAACACGAUCUCAAUGUCUGGCGGGAAUUUUUGAGCGUGUACAAUCGCAAAUCCUUUUUCCUUGGAUUGCGAUGGGCCACUUCCCAAAACCUCAAUUUAUUUACCGACGCGGCAGGUUCCUUGGGCUAUGCUGCAGUAUUUGGCACACAUUGGUGUUUUGGAGAGUGGCCCGCCACUUGGAAACAACUCAAUAUUACUGUCCUAGAGUUCUUUCCGAUUGUCGUGGCAUUAUAUCAUAUCUCUCAGCAAAGAAGUUUGCCUCCUCGACCAUCUCGACAUAUGUCUCAGCGUUAA